AUGCACACCAUAACUCAAGAACCUGUGCAACGAACAUUACAGCACUUGAGCCAUGCCAAUGCUGCACUCCAGCAUUGGUGUGCUCAAGUUUGGCGCCGUGACUUCUUAUACUGUUCAUUCACAGGUGAUGUCCUUAUCCCUGACCCCACAUUGACGUCCCUUGCUUCAAACCACCUGUGGAAAACACUUGAAGAGAUUCAUGAGGGCCUGCUUGCACCUUGGGCACUUGACAAGGAGCUGCGGGAAGCAGCCAAGAUAGAGAAGCGAGAGUUGAAGAGGCAGGCCACAGAAGCUGCAAAGUUGAAGAGGCAGGAGGAGGUCAGACGGAGGAGGAUGCAAGAGUCAUCAAGACGAAGAGCAGGGAUGAUACAAGGGCUAUCCAAAAAAAGCCUCGCACAAGCCAGAAGGAAAAUGUACCCCUUCCAGGGUUCUCUCAAUUUCAUGCCAAGCUUGACACUCUUGUCCCACAGACACCCUCACCGCAAACCGGCCCUUGUUUAUACACCAACUGGCCUGUAG